AUGGAAGAAGAAUCCGAAGGCCAUGGCAAAAACCUUCAUCAAGUUUUGGUUUUAGGUUCUCCAUGGGUAUUACCCGCUCUCCGAUCUCAAUUCUCAAACCGAUUCCAUUUCCUCAUACCAUCUCUUUCCGAUCUCCCUCUUCUUCAAUUCCUUUCUUCUUAUGCCCAAUCCACACAGGCCUUACUCAUCCCCGGCGGCUGCUUUCUGGUCACCUCCGCCGUCCUCGAUUGCCUUCCGGCGCUCAAGCUCCUCGUCACUACUAGCGCCGGUGUUGACCACCUCGACUUGCCGGAGUUACGCCGCCGUCGGAUCGGUAUUGCCUAUGUUCCGGACUUGUACUCUGAAGAUGUCGCUGAUCUUGCUGUUGGAUUAUUGAUUGAUGUUCUCAUGAAGGUUUCGGCGGGAGAUCGGUUCUUUAGGCUGCGGCUUCCGCCUACUACCAAUGGGGAUUUUCCUCCUUUCCGAUUAAAGUUAAAUGGGAAAAGGAUUGGGAUAGUUGGCUUGGGGCAAAUAGGGUCCAAAGUUGCCAAAAGGCUGGAGGGAUUUGACUGCAAAAUCUCAUAUAACUCAAGGACCAAAAAGCCAUUAGUUCCAUACUCAUUCUACUCCAAUGUACAUGAACUUGCAAGCAACUGUGAUGGCCUUGUAAUUUGUUGCGGGUUAACGAAAGAAACCCAACAUAUGAUCGAUAGGGAGGUGAUGGUUGCAUUAGGAAAAGAUGGAGUGAUAAUCAACGUUGGUCGAGGGGCGAUAAUCGACGAGAAGGCGAUGGUUGAAUGUUUGAUCAAGGGAGAGAUCGGGGGAGUUGGGUUAGAUGUGUUUGAGAAUGAACCUGAAAUCCCCGAAGAGCUCUUUAAUUUUGAUAAUGUUGUGUUGUCACCACAUGUUGCUGUUAUGACACAUGAAACUUUGGUGGGAUUGUCUAGGUUGGUGGUGGACAACUUGGAGGCAUUGUUCUCAAACAAACCUUUGGUGUCUCCAUUUCCUAAUUAGCAUAGGCUUAAAUUAUGUCCAUGAAAUUUGAAAUAUAUUUCAUCCUGAUCCCAGGAUCAAAAUUGGUA